UUGACAUUGAAAUUGAAUUGUUUCAUGAUUUGAAUGCCUAUAAAUAUGUUAUUACGACUUAGGUGCAACUGCGAGGAUUAAAUAGACUGAAGAAGUUCAAAGUCUUUCCUUUCUUUUCUUUGCUUUUUAACAAAUGGCAAAAUUCAUGAGCAACAAAGAACGAGAACAAACAGUCUUCAAAAAACAAAAAAAAAAAAAAAAGAACGAGUACAAACAUAGACUCAAAAACAAGAUAAGCACAAAUGAAAGAGAGGCCGACAAAAACACAGGAGACAAAGCCCAAAUACAGCUCAUCCCGCACCCAAAAAAAAAAAAAAAACAAAAAACAAAAAAAAAAAAACAGGAAAAUCCUAAAAAUUUACAGGUCUUGUCUUGUAGAUGCAAGCUCGAAGACAGCUUUCCUUCCUUUGGCCUUUGAGAAAGUAGACACUUGUGAGAUUGAUUUAGAUUUAACAGCUUCUCUCUCUCUCUCUCUCUCUGUAUAGAGAUGGCGUCUCCCACUGCAGAGGCCAAAUCUUCCAUUAGAUCAGUGAAGUACAGAGACAGCCACCAGCUUUACGACGUGGUUUUUGGCAGCACCACCAUCAAAACCUUGGUCACCAGAAAACCCGAAAUAGUGGAUUCUUGGGUAGGAUGCAUGCGAAGCCGUGACGACAAUAUCAACAUCGUAGGACUCGACAUAGAAUGGCGUUGCAAAUCCUUGACAGGAGAUCAUACUCGCCCGUCCACUUUGCAAAUCUGCACCGUCCAACGCUCUCCCGGAACAAAAUAUUUUGCCCUCGACGAGGGUGGUGGGAAUGGUGGGAAUGGUUAUAAAUGUCUUGUCUUUCAGUUUAAGGAUUGUGACACGGUUCCGCAGUCGAUCGUUAACUAUCUUGGCAGCAAGAGUUGUGUGUUUGUUAGCGAGAGAAUGACAUACAUCAAGGAUAAGCUGGAGGAGCACUAUAAGUUGGACGUAGCAUAUCCGAUCGACAUUAAUCAAUUCAUCAAGGUUAGGAAGCCUGAGAAGCCUACUAAUGUGAGAAACGGUGACUGGGACAAAACGUACCUUGAUCCUACUCAGGUUCGCUACGCUUGCUUGGAUGCUUUAAUAUCAUACGAGGAAGCUUCGCGUUUCAUUAGUACAAACAAGGGCCCCAGGAAAGCGAACCAUAGACUGUCUUUGGAUGGAUUGACGCAAUAUCUUUUCGGUGAAACAGACCCGGAGAUUGCGAUGGAAGAGGAAAAUAAAGAGGAGGAAGACGAAGAAGACGACUUUGAUGUGAUUGUUUCCGACGAAGCGGAAGACGAAGACUAUGAUUUGGUAGAGGAAGAUGAAGACUUCGACAUGAUUUCUCACCAAGAUGUGUAUGAAUUGGAAUAUCCACCUCUAAAAUAAAUACUGAAUGCUGGCUGUUUCUGUGACACAAUUGAGGAUUGUUUUAGUAUUUACAUUUCAACUUACAUAUGAUUUGUCAGCUUUGGUUGCUUGA